AACUCCGCCCUCGUCCCCGCGGGAUCCCGGAGCCGAGCCGGCCGGGGCCGAGGCCGCCCGAGCCGCCCGAGCCGCCCGAGCCGCGCCGCGAGCGAACAUGGCAGCAGAAUGAGAAGACUGGCGCUGGGUCGUGGCCGCUGCCACCGCCGCCGUCGCCGCCGCCGCGCUGCAGCUUGAGAUCUGCGCCCGGCGCCCUCGGAGCCGCGUGUUUAGCCGGCCUCCUGGUGGCCGCUGGAUUAUUUCAUUCCCGGCGGAGGGCGGGAUAGAAAGGGGACCCCGCAGCGGAGCUCGUCCGGGCUUUCGCAGCGUGUCGAGGUUUCUGCGUGCGACUCACUGGCUGCGGAAAAGACGCGGGAGAGAGCCAGUCCCGGGCUGCAGCGGCGCGGGUGCGGGGAUGAGCCGGCCAUGGAGCGGCCUCCGCGGGGCGCACGGAGCCGGCCGGCGCUGCGGCGGGGUUACUGUCUGAGCAGGGGUUCCGCGGGGCUUCGGGGCCUCGGGCGUCCUGGGGAGAUCCCUGCCACCGCCUCCGGAAAGGACGGGAGCCCUGCGGGGCGGACUCUGCAGCAGGCACCGUACUGAGGCGCCCGGAGGCUGCUCCGCCUGCAGCUGAGUGCGCUCUUGGCACGCGGGCGCCUUGCCCAGGGCACAGCGGCUGGCGCACCGCGGCGAGGCGGGUGCAGGACUAGCUAGAGGGGUGUGCGCGUGUUGGACUGGAGAGCCGAGCUAAAGCAGAACCAGACGGACCUGAGCAGCCAUGCUUCCCGGGGUGGGCGUGUUCGGCACCAGCCUCACUGCCCGUGUCAUCAUCCCGUUGCUGAAAGACGAGGGCUUCGCCGUGAAGGCGCUGUGGGGCCGCACACAGGAGGAAGCCGAGGAGCUGGCCAAGGAGAUGAGCGUUCCCUUCUACACGAGUCGCAUUGACGAGGUGCUGCUGCAUCAGGACGUGGACUUAGUGUGCAUCAACCUGCCUCCUCCCCUCACCAGGCAGAUCGCUGUCAAAACCCUGGAUCCCAGUGGUGACAGUCACAGAUGACACAGCUCUGGGGUCGGCAAAGGAAACAGCUUGCAGGAUUGUUGGAAAGAACCCCGUUGAGAGGAGCACAAAUGGCCGCCUUAAAGGGUGUGAAAAGAGCUGCAAAAAUGGAUUCAGCAAGAAACAUUGUAAAGACAAAAGCCCGCUGUGUGAUGGUGUCGGGGCUACCAUGGUGGAAAGUAGGGUCAGCUGAGGAGAGGGUGAGCUGGCCAUGCUCAGUUCCUGGUUUUGUGUUUGUGCCGGAUGGUGGUGGAAACUCUUGUCCCUUUGUUAUACGCUUGAGCCCGUUUUGUCCAAGGGUCAGUGCUCAGCUGGGGCUAUGACUUACUGGAUAAGAAAAGAUAAAAGACUCUCUUUGGAGAAGGACACUCAGUGCAUGACAUGAGGAUGUGCUUGUCAACAUUAGGAGGUGUGAGUUCAUGGAGAUUGUGAGGCUACUGCCGAGUACUCUGCUGUCCUGGGAGAUGGUUUUAGGGAAAGGCCACAGUGGCAGAAUGAAUAGUUAGUUCUUGACUUGGGAUCCAAGUCAGUCAACAGAGCCUUGCGAAGUGAGUGCACUGGCUAGGCUUCUAAAAGCUCCCCAAACGUGACACACUGUGUACCUUCAUUGCUCUGUUUCCAAAGGAAAAGCUCCUUGUUGAAUUUGUGUCACCCUGCAGAAAGUAAAGUGAAACACUUUUUUCGUCAGUAAACAAGUUGGCCAGUUUUAAGAGGCUGCCCCAUCACACUGCCUAGGGUUGACUCCUGGCCUGGCCACAUUCUGUGUGGCCGUGGGUUUCCUCCUUAAAUCCUCUGAGCCUCAGUUUCUUCACUUUAUUCAUCUCUAAAAUAGAGACAACAAAAAUUACCUAGCUCAGAAGGUUGGUGAUUUAAACAGGGAUUUGUUUAAAGUGAGUGCUCAAUGAACAUGAGAAUCCUGCUUAAUCAGAACUUAUGAUGAGCAGCUACUGUCCAUUCAUUCUUUCCUUAAGCAAACAUUUCUUGAGCUCCAGUGGUAUACCAGGCACUCCGUAGAUCUGUGCUUUGCAGUACAGUAGCCAUUAGCCACAUGUGGCUCUUUAAAUUUACAUCAAUUAAAACUAAAUAAAAUAAAGAGCCCAUUUCCUCAAUUGCCCCAGUCACAUUUCAAGUGCUCAAAGGACACAUGUGGCUGGCUCGUGGCUACUGUAUUGGACAGUGUAACAUAGAACAUUUUCAGUAUGGAGAAAGUUCUGUUGAACAGUGCUAGUCUCAAUGCUGGGGAUUCAGCAGUGAACAUAGCAGUUAUUUACACUUGAUCUAAACAUGGAUUUUUGAGAAAUCCAAACUUUCGGGUGUGCCUUGUUUUCUCCCAGGAAUAGGACGAUAGGGCAUCUACACAGUGGGUUAUUGGAGCAUCAUAAGUAAUUAGUAGCGGUUUGAUGAGAUAUGUGCGUGACUUUCUCUAUGAGUAAGGACUCUCUUAUUAAUAAGAAGGAUACGUGCUGUGGAAAGUUUCCUAAAACCCCCAUUAAAUGUUGGAAAUGGGCAACCAGAUAAAUGACACCCCUGCCCACUUUGGGGUCAUCACAGAUUCUUAGGUAGCAGACGUCACAGGUGAGGCUGGAGCGAUGCCCAGGUGGGAAUGCAGCCUUUGCUCCCGGGAGACCUUUCCUUAGCCCUUUCAGCAGCCCUGCCAGGCUUUCCUUCCUUUUGCCCAGAGCACAGACGAGCAAAGGAGGGCAGUGGUGGGAAGGGACUAGAUGCAGAGCUCUUAGAGAACCGGAGAGAACACACACAAGCCAGCUCCUGAGGGAGGAAGGCUGACUUCACGGGAAGGUUGCUUUCUACCCUCCGGCCAACACACUGUGUGACUCUGGGAAAUGAGGCUUCUGACUGAAUUCCUUCUCUUUCCAGUCCUCCUGUCCCUCCCUUCAUCUGAAGGGAAAGGCUAAAUAAGGACGAAUGCAUGAAGCCUCAAAGAAUAAGUAAUUACUAUUUUGCUAGUUAUUAUUGCUUUUUUUUUUCCUUCAAGUCCUAGUCACUUUAUGAAAGUAAUAUCCAUUUGUGUGAACGUUCCUUAGGGAACUGGGACUGUGAAAUUCCAGCUAGUCGGAGCUUGGAGGAAGUGAGCGUGCAUUUGUGAGGGUGUGUGCAUGUACACACGCGUGUGUGUGCCCAUGCACACACACACACACACACACACACACACACACACGCCUGAGUGUGCCUCUGACAGAAAGUCUCUUGACUGAAGUUAAGGGCAAAGUAAGAAUUUUAGAUGACUUGUUCUUUAAAUGUGUCAUUGUCAGCUUCUCUCAUCUCCUACAUGAAUAUGAAUGAUUAAAAGUAGGCGGUGGAAAAGGAGAUGCUUUCCCUGGCUGUGUCUCUUCCCCUUUUCCAAUAGAGCUGGGGCACCAGAGGAGGAACAAACUGCAGGUAUAAACGUUUAGGGGGAAAAUCCCACAUGGUUCUGUUCUGCUCCUUCCAGCACCACCCACGUGGGACACUUGUUUAUGCCACACAAUAACGCUCUUAGAGACUCCUGGGGGACAGGUUUAGAGCCAAUGGGGACAUAGCCUGUCUGACUUGACAUGCACAGCCUUUCACAUUUAGGGCACAGAGGCAGUCUCAUUUCCCCCAGGGAACCCAGGGAUACCCCAAUGCUGCGUUUAUCUGUAGAACUGAGCCUUAGCUACUUGCGCUUACCCAAAUGCCGUGGGCGGCCGUCCCCAGCCUGUGUGCAUGGGGAAUUGCUUGGGGGAUGUGCACCGGGCCGUUGACGUUUCCUUUUCUAUUUUCCAGCCUCUAUGACCCAGGAAGGUACUGGCAGGUGUGCUCAUCACUUCCAGGGCUGGGGAAGCCAGUGGGAUUGCACUGACCACAUGCUCUGACAGGGGCGUUUCUGCUUGGGAAUUUGUCAGUUUUCAACUAGUUCACUUAUAGUCACCAUCCAUUUAUGGAGUAUCUACAAUGUACAUGCUAUGUUUUAGGUCAUGGGAGGUGAGAAGAGGUCAAAGAUGUAUGAAACUCUGGUAUUUACUCUGAAAGAGCUUAUAAUCUAUCCAGAACCUACCUCUUACUUUUGAAAUGAGAAGAGGAAUUAACAUUUUAUUGAGCCCUUACUGUGUUCCAGGUCCAGAGCCUAGCAUUGUGCAGUAUCACCUCACAUCCACCUCACAGCCAACCUUUAAGGUGGGCAUGUAGCACCUCCAUCUCACACCUGAGAAAUUUAACUGUAGAGAGGUUAAAUAUCAUUUGUUGAUUCUAAGACUUUUUUUUCCCCACACUUUAGCAUCUAAAAUAGGGAUAUGUCUUACAAUCGAUGUUAUGUCACUGUUUAAUUGGCAGAGACUUUUCUUUCUUGGUAGUAAGUAAAAUAAUCGUAGGUCUUUGCAGUGAUGUUGUAGAUUCUGCAAAAUAGGGUAUUUUGUCAGGUUCACCCAGCUGAAAAGAAGUUGACAUGGGUUUGCCUGACUCUGAAGCUUGUGUGUUUACCCUCAGAACCUGCUGCAAAAUCCGUGGUCCGGUUAUGCUCUCCUUUGUAACUGUGCAAAGGCCGUGUGAUUUUCACAGACGAAGUAUGAAUAGGGGGAAAUGACUGGGCUGGAGCUCACAUCACCUGGUUCCAUAACUGAGGGGGUAGUAGCACGAGGAGCUGCAUAUAGCAAACAGGAUGUUGAAAGAUUGAGAAAAAGUUAAUUAUCUUCCUUUCUCUGCUGAUUAUAAACUCUUUUUUUUUUCUUUUAAAAGAGGCCAGCAACAAAUGGCAAACUGUGGUAUGCGUAAGAUACAAACAAGAGUAAUGCAUUCCUUCAUUUGUUCUGGUGUGCUCUGGGCUGAGUGUGGUGUUUUUCCCUGCAGGGAUCCAUUAGUGACAUGACAGUGGCCCUUUUACUGUCCUGGAGAACCACGAGCGGAGACAUAGGCUAGCUCCCUCCCCCACAUAACUGAGUUCUGGGAAGUCCCCAAGUGCAGGCAGGCCUGUGUGUGUUUAUGAUUGUCACAGUGCGCUAUGGUCAACACUCCUAGGUAUGAGGCAGGUCUGAAUUCCACGGCUGACCUGGAUUCAGAAAGCAGUGCCCAGGACUAGAGCAGGGAGAAGCAGCCAAGACUGCUACCACGGUUUGAUCUAAGCCUCCACGUGCUUAAAGAAAUCUGGUCCCCAGUGGCCUUCGACUAAGCCGUUUUCCUGAGUAACUGAUGCCCACAGCAAAGAAGUACAAGGGAGGACUGGCCAGGUAACUUGGCAUCUCCCAGGAGGCCAUGUGAAGAGUGGAGAGAUAAUACUCCUGGUGACCUGAACACCAUGACCCAUCCCCUGACGCCCGAGGGAAACCGAGUCUCAGAGGAGCUGAGUGGCUUGUCGGCAUUCACACAGCUGAUUGUUGACAGCUGAGUCAGGGCCAAACCUGGGGCUCCAGAGAGUGUUUCUUUCUCCUUUUCAGAUAUUUAAUCACUCAGCGCCUGUGUUUCUCCAACAAUGAGGAAAAUGGCGAGGUUGAUUUCUGGGAAGCUCUCCUACAGAAAUAAUGUCAAAUAACUUUGGAAAAAAAACCUGUAUACACAAGAGCGUUCAGUGAAGCCUUAUUUAUAUUACCGAAGCCCUAGAAACAAACACACAUAGUCCACAGUAGGGAAAUGGUUAGGUAAACAUGGUAAAUACAGUUGAUUAAAUAAUAAAUAGCCAUUGGAAUUAUGUCUAGGAAGACUAUAGCAGGAUAGGGAUUUUUUUAAUGAUAUGAUUAUUGGUAAAGAAAAAGGAUACAGAAAUAUUUGUAUAUUAUGAUAGCCUUGUAUAAAACAUCCAUGCCCAGAAAAUUCAAAUCUGAUAGGUAAUCAGCCCACAUCCAAUGGGGCUGCAGGAUUUGGAUUUUUAUUCUUCUCUGAAUUUUCAAUUUUUAAAAAUAUGGUCUUGAUGGAAAAACUAAAUUUAUUUUUCAAAAGAAAGAGACAAUAACGUGGGAAAAAGUGUUUGGUUGGGAUGACUCUCCAGUUCUUACAUUCCGUGAGGCUUUGAAUCUGGGACAGCUGUCUCCGGGCACAUGCAGAUGUUUAUGGUGAAGCAAAAAUGAGUCCAGCAUUGGCCAAAGGGAAAAGGUGGUUUUCCAGGAUGUGGGAGUGGGUAUAUAAAGGCCCAGGAGCUCUGCUGUUGUUUAGAGGAAUCAUUGGUUGUGACUCUGAGUUUGGGUAGAAGCCAUAGGCUCUUGGUUGUAGGGUGAUUUAUUUGUAAUUCUAACCUUGUGUGGCCAGAACCCAAGUACUGCUGGAAAGGGCUGGGGCGGUCCCGUCAGUUUUCUCGUCUCCUGAACUUGCCCCAGGCUGGGAAUAGAAGCUCUUGCUGGCUUCAGCCUUCCCAAGAAAUAUAGGAAUGUUGCAAUUGCAACAUUUCCAGUUUUCAUUUCUCCUUUUCUUCGCAGGGAGUUUUCUUUUUAGCCAAACCUGUGCUGGUGUAGAUGGUGGGCAGUGUGAGAACCCAUGUUCAGAGGAACUUCAUCACCUUCUGCUGGAAUUGCUUUCUGGGCUGCAGGGGUGGUGAUGUGCUGCCACCAAAAGGGUGUUGGCCUGGGACCCUAGACAGGUGGCUCUUGUCUAGAUGCCACAGCUAAUUAGCUGUGUGGCCUUGGGCAGAUGACCUCACCUCCUAUAUUUCCACUUCCUUACCCAUAAAAUGCAGGCGUCACAGUGGGUUUAUGAGUCCCCGGCAGUUCCCACCUUGUGUAGCUACUCCCGAUAACUCACUUUUAAAGCUUGGCACUGACUGGGGAAAAUUAUUUGGUUUGGUAAAUAUUUUUAAGUGCUGUUUUAUUACCACUGCUGUCAACUGCAUUUUUUUUUUAAUCUGUUACACAAACACACACAGCUCUCUUUUAUAAUAGGAAGUAGUCUUCCCUUUAUCUGCAAGGGAGGAGAUGCAUGCAUUUCAGGGGGCAAAGGGGCAUGGAUGGUGUAGCUUAGUGGGAAGACUGCUUGUCAGCGGUAUGUGUGUGUGCCCUUGUGUGUAUGUGUGUGUGACCAUGUGUGCAUGUGUUGUAUAUGUGUAUAUAUGUGCGUGUGUGCGUCCGCCCACAUGCACUGUGCUCUUGAAGGUGUGGGGUUUUUUUCCCUUUAAUGUCACACUGCUGAGAACACAUCUGUAAGGUAGCUGCUACUACCGAUGUCAAGCCAGGAAUUCAGUGGGGUUUGGUAUGAUUUCUGGGCACAGAUUUAUCAGCACAGUGGGCAUUUGGGUUUAGCUUUUUCUGCAGGUGCCCCAUUAAGCAGAUGGUGCUUCAUUGCACUAAGGAAAGAUGUAGUUUUGCCCAAGAAGAACUACCGUAUUCUCAGCAGCAGAUCAAAGGGAUAUUCAUUCCCAGCAACUCCGGGCCAGAAAUUGUGCUGGGGACAGUUUAUGGAAGGCCAGGGGAAGGGAGACAGUUACUCACACUUGAGUAAUUGGCCAGGUGCAGCCACUUUUCACGCCUGUGUCCUCCCAAGAUGGGCUUCCUCUGCAUGUAGUCACCCUUCCCAAAAGGUAGAGCGCGAGAUAUGAAUCAAGUCCGUUGUUACUGAUCAUCGCCCUGGCCGAGGAGUGAGUGCAGCUCCCAGGUCGGCAUAAAGACAGAGAGGGCCUUGAAAGGAAAACAGCUCUGUGUGCUUCUCCCAUCCUUUCUCCCUGUUAUCUCCUAACUCAGAUGGAAAAUCCAUGCCAUAUGGCAACACUAAGAAGGCAAAAAUAUCAUCUUGCACCUUCCAUCGAGUUACACGAGCAAAUAAUCAGGUACCAGCAGAGAAUGACGUUGCUGCUCGAGGCAGUAUCUGUGCCUGUGUGGGACAUUUUUGGGUCACCCUA